AUGUCCUCCCAGCUUCACGGUCUCGAACCGAGAAUACGUGCCAUCCUCACCGCGCCCGGAACAGACCUCGCGACCAUUAGCGCAAAACGCGUCCGCAAGCAGCUCGUCCAGGAUGAUCCCUCCCUCUCCCACUUUGUCAAGGAGCAGAAGGACGAGAUAGAGGACUUGAUUGCUCAGGUGUACGAGCAGAUAUGUGAAGACGGCAAUGGGGACGAUGACGAGGUAGAGAGCAGCACGGUGUCCAAGCGCAAACGCGAGGACGCGUCGGAUGACGAGCGCACGGCCGCCCCGAAGAAGACCAAGAAGACGAAGACGAAGCAGCAGAAGACGGACGAGGAGAUCGCGCGCCAGCUGCAGAGCGAGAUCAAUGGCCGCGGCCGCAGCUCGCGCGCCGGAGCGUCGUCUACAAAGAAAGCCAAUGGCACGAAACGCGGCAAGAAGAAGAGCGCAGACACCGUCGGUUCGGACGGCGAGGAGGCCGAGGGCGAGGGCAAGAAGAAACGUGGCGGUGGCGGGUUCAAGAAGGAGUACAUGCUCAGCGAGCCGCUUGCCGCUCUCCUAAGUGUCGAUAAGCUAUCCCGUCCACAAACCGUCAAGCAGCUCUGGACAUACAUCAAGGCGAACAACAUGCAGAACCCCGAGAACAAAAAGGAGAUCAUCUGCGACGACCGCUUCCGGGCGAUAUUCAAGUGUGACCGUAUUGAUAUGUUCAAGAUGAACAAGGAGCUUGGCCAGCAUCUGUACGAGCCACCUGCGGUGGCGGAGUAG